GCUGAGGUAAAAUAGAGAACUAAGGAAGAAUGGGGGACCCCAAAGCCAACUUGGUGACAUCACACGCCGGAGUCGGACCCACGGCCCCCGGGCCACAGCUCAGAGGGGCGGGACCGCCCGGGCUGGGGCGGGGCCAGGGCGGGGCCUGUCACCAGGGAAACCGCCCUCCUAGUAUCCGCGCGCGGCGGUUGGACUGCGCCCAGCGAGGCAACCGCCUGCGAACGCCAGUUAGGGGAGAGGCGUCUCGGAGACUCAGAGACCCGCAAGGCCCCUGCGACGAGGUGGCUGCCGCUAGGGGGCGUCAGGACGACGGACCGGGUUCGAGUUGGGCCCGCCUUUUCCGCCCGCGCCCCAGGCCCCUGCAGAUCGGCAUUCGCGUCCGAGAGCGGGAAAGAAGCAGUGGCCAAGGCGCCGAUUUUAUUUGGAGAGAAGCAAGCAUCUUUGCCUCUUUGGAGUAGGAAAUUCUGACUUGAAAAAGUGGUGUGUGGUUGACUCUGUUUCUCGCCAUGUCUUCUCACAAGACUUUCACCAUUAAGCGAUUCCUGGCCAAGAAACAAAAGCAAAAUCGUCCCAUCCCCCAGUGGAUUCAGAUGAAACCUGGUAAUAAAAUCAGGUACAACUCCAAAAGGAGACACUGGAGAAGAACCAAGCUGGGUCUAUAAGGAGUCGCACUUGAGAUGGCACACAUAUUUAUGCUCUAUCAAGGUCACGAUCACCUUACGAUAUCAAGCUGAAAAUGUCACCACUAUCUGGAUAGUUGUACAUGUUUUACUGGGAAUAUGUUUUUCUCUUUUUCUAUAUGUUCUGUGCUAGUAGGGUGGAUUCAGUAAUAAAUAUGUGAAAGCUUUUGUUUCAAAAAUG